UUCGCAUAGCUCAGGAGUGAAUCUUGCGAAGAUUGGUGGUGUUCGCGGUCCCAACUUCAAGGCUAUAUUUAGAGAGAUAUUUUCGGGUGAGGUGCGUGGCUCGGCGCGGUGAUGAUAGGCAGCGAUUACCGCAAGGACUAGUGGUGGCUGCCGCUGUCGGCAGUCCCCUGACAGGUAGUGCAGCGGUGCACGGCGACUCGGAGACUACAACGGUCGGGACUACAGAAGACUUUGCAAUGAGGCCCCUGAGAUGGCUAGCACUGCUGGCCUGCUGUAUGGUGGCCUUUGCUCAAGAAAUCGAGAAUGAAGAAUCGAGGAAAGUUCUUGGAUCCAGUGUAGUGACCUCAGUAUCGGUGAUCAUGGACCACGGAAAUGGUACGAAAACAUACAUCACCGACGCAGCUGGUCAGCCCUUGGACCAGACAGAGGGAGCCGUGGGAAGUCCCGUGGAUCUGCUCAACCCAGACCGCUACGAGUUCUAUACCUUCGAUGAGACGGGAGAUCUCGUCAAGAGGUUGAUGACUCUGGACCAGAUCAAGGGACUGUUGGCUGGUGGAGACGGAGAGACACUGGACAGUCAAUCAAAUUCACCAACUUUCUACCACGAUAGUCUUUCAUCUUCUCAUUUAGACGAGUCAGAUCUUGAACCAAAUGUGGCUCAAGGGGUCCACAACGUGGUGGCAAGUGUUCAAAAUGUUUUGAGAAGUGAAUUGGAGGCUUCAAAAAUAAAGAAGACAACAUCAAAACCACCUCUGAGUAUCCCAGAUUCAAUUUCCUCAUGGAGUAUGCUUUUCCCAGCAAUAAUUGGCGAUUCUUCAGAAGCUCUUGACGAUGACACUGGAAAUGGAGUUAAUGAGCCAAUUGAUAUUGAUAGGAUACCAGCAUCAUCAAACAAUGAAAAAACAGAAAUUAAAAUUUCACCUGAUGAUGCAACGACAGAAGGAACCACUAAGCCCACUGCUGUACCUCCUAUUAUACACUUUUUGGAAAUCCAGAGUGUUCCAGCAAAGAGUCCUACUAAAACUCCAACUAAUUUUACAUCAACAACACCUGUGAUGUCUACUACAGAGUCCCCAACAACAGAGAAGGCUACUUCUCCAGUCAAUCCCAUUCUAGAGAUGUCAGCUUCUAUAUCUAGUCUUUUGUCACAAGUCACUGACAAUCAAACUUCAGUUGAUAUUGAAAAUAAAACCUCUAUAACUUCUGAACCUUCAACGACUGUGAAGACUACAAAUGAAGCACUUGAAAAGUCUCCAACUGUAAAACCUGAGUUGAAACCUGAAAGUAGUAAUUUGAAGACAGUUACAAAACGCCCGGAAAAAAUUGAAACUAGAACAGCAAGUCCAGUCUCUAGCUCAAAUCUUGACAGCAAACCAAGUGAUGUGGUAGAGUCUACAGCUCUCCCAAGUAAAACCUCUAAACCUGAUUUGACAACAUCAACAGAGGGAAGUGUUAAGCAAACAACAGUCAAAGACGUAACUGAAUCCUCAAACACAAGCAAAAAGACAACUGAUACAGUAGUGUCUUUUAUAACCACUGCAAAACCAGUACUCAAAACAAACGGUGUAGUAGAUGAUAAAACAAAACCAUCAAGCACUACAACAGUUAAACAAAAAAUACAAGUUACAACUCCAGUUUCAACUAAGAAAAAUGGUGUUAAGAAUCAAACUUUGACAACCACAACUAAAUCUCCAAUUACUGUUAAUAAAACUAAUAAAGUUAAUGAAACAUUGGAAACACUUGGAAGUGAAGAAGUGGUUAAGAUAGUUCCAAACAAACAAGCACAAGCAGCAAAUAAAGUUAAGGAUAGCAAUCAAACAAAAAGCAGUCCAAGUAAUGCAACUAACCCGAAACCACAUAAGAAAGUUCCAAAUAAUAAGCCUCACAGUCCAGAUUGUGAACAUUCAAAGAAAACACCUCCUGCUGAAGUUAAAAACAAAGAAAAGUUAGAUACAGCUGCAUCUACUCACUUGAGUGAGAGUCUGAAACCAUCUCAAUUGAAAACUCCAGUUCUCCAAGAAGUAAAGAUUGUGCCAAAACCAACAUCAAGCCAAAGUAAUAAGCCAUUGGUGCAUAACAAAAUAAACCCUUCAGAUGAUAUUAAAAUAACAACAUACAAACCUUCCACUAGUCAACCUUUCACAACUAAGCCAUCAUUAAACAAAAUCUCAACCACCACUGAAAGACUUCAAAGUGAGAACAAAAUAACAAGUGAAUCCAAAAUUCACGAAGUGAAUAGCUCUCUAUUCGAUAUAAAAAAUCAUGUUUUAGAUAUUCACGACAACACAACCGAAGUAGAAGCUACAACUAUAUUAACCAUUACCAACUCUACUGAAGCCACAUCAAAUAUUUCAAAUCAUGAAAGUGCUGCUUCAAAAACAGAGGAAAUUAAACUACCCUCUUCAACACAAACAAAUGCAACUAAUCCACUAGAAUCAAAUACUAAAAGCAACGAGACUGAUGGUAUUGACCAUUCAGCUGAGAUUACUUGUACUCACAACAAAAAACCAGUCCACACUUCAAUUCAAGAUAAAAUAAAUGAUGCUCACAAUGACUUUGCUGCCAGUAAUGCUGAGGAAGUAAAAUUAACAACUGGUCCAUUUGUACCUACAACAGAACCAGAAUUAACAACAGAGAUCUCUAACUCAAAGGAUUUAACAACCGAAUCAAUAACUGAAAUCACAUCAACUGUUUUGGCAGAAGAUCUUACUACUACUCUAAAAUCGGAAGUAAUUGCAACUGAUCUUCCAGAAACAACUACACUGAACAUGCCUGAGAUGGAUUUCGUUAAAGAAGGUAUAUCAGCUGUAACUAAUAUACUUCUUGAUUCCAAACCAGCACUUGAACCUCAGCUUCCUCUUCCUACCAUUCCAUUAUCAGAAUCAGCAUCAAAUAUUGUCUUGAGCCCUCCUGUCAAAGGAGAAUUGAAACAUGCAUCAUCAUUUGAUGAUUCUGAGAUGACCACCAAUGAUCCAAUUGAGGAAAGCACCACUGUAGUUCUAUCUUCAACCACAGAAAAAGAAAAAAUAAUUUAUUUUACAACCACUGACCCACCCACAACUGAAACUGAAAUACCUACAACAGAAAAUAUUGUUGGCGCUGAUUCAAAUAUACAAACAACUAACAUUGAGGAUGGUAUAGAAGUAACAACAGAAUCAGAGACAACAACAGUAUUGGAUGAAACAACUACAGCAACUUAUGAAGAAAUUGAACACAAAGAACCCAGUGAAUCAAAAAUUGUCAGUACAAUAAACAGCCAAACACUGCCAACAAAAGAAAGCAAACUGAGUCCUGAAAACAUUAAUGAAACUGCAGAAACUGUUAUUUUGUGUAAUCACACAUUGUCGAAAAUCAAUGAAACAAAAGGUGUUCCAAGUAAUGAUGUCAAUAACACUGAAGUACAAGAUCAUCUAGAACCUGCUCAAAGCAUAGUAUCUGAAGUAAACAAGAUAAGUAGUGAUAAAGUCGCAUCAGCAUCACAAUCUGUAUCUGUAGAAACAACUCCUAAGAACUCAAUAAAAGAUGAUAACCUGAGCUUUAAAACUGCACUCAAACCAGAUCCGUCAAAGUACACACAAGUGAAAUACCCAGGUCUGCAAAGUGCUUACAGACCUGUUCCAGAAACACCGAUAAGCCCACCUACUGCAGUAGAGUUACAUCCUGCUCCUCAUGAGAGUAUGGGUCUUGAGGCAACAACCGCUUUUCUUGCGGAUGAUGUGAGACGAUUUGCAGACUUAUGCAACGAGCUUGCAUUUAGGAUGUGGACAUCUAUCACUGGCAAGGGAUCGAUUUCAUCUCGAAGUCUGGUGCUCUCUCCAUUUGCAACGACGUCUCUUUUGGCCAUGGUCUUCCUUGGGGCUCGUGGACCAACCUCUGGACAGAUGAAUGAUGUCCUCAGACUGGAUGAUAUGGUAACAUUCAAUCCACACCAAGUACUACAGAAUGUUACCGAGUCUGUUCUCAACUCUAGAAACUAUGGUGUAACCACAGCAGCUUUUGUUCGUGAGCUCUACAGUGAUAAGUUGAAAGGAAAAAUCCUGGACUUCUACAAGGAACGAGCACAGCAGUAUUAUGAUGGUCACGUAGAAGAGAUAGCCUUCAAUGUUGUUGGUGACAUUCUGCGACGAAGAACAAACUUAUUAGUGAAACGCCAAACUCUUGGUAAAGUGCCAGAAUAUCUCAGAGGUAGCACUUUGAGUCUUCGACCACCUCUGGCUGCUUUCAGCGCAAACAUCUUCCAGACUGACUGCGACUUGGCGUCAACGGAAGGAAGAGAUGGUGAGAUGUACUUUGUUGUGCGGCCAUCAACAAGACAGCGCAGGUUAGUUCCUGUUCCCGCUGCAGUGUGGCGCACCGGAUUCCUAGCAGGGUACGAGCCAGGCCUGGAUGCCACAGCAGUUGCUCUUGGAACAGACUCUGUGGUCAGCACUGUCUUGGUUCUACCAGGACAACAGGGUCAAGUAGCACCAGGGGAUGGAUUGGCAAGACUAGAACAGCGACUCAUCGAGACCUCGUACCGCCGUGGUGGCUGGACUCGUCUCCUGCGCAGUCUUCUCCCUCGCCCUGGACUGGAACUCCAGGUUCCUCGUUUCUCCCACCGCUCCGUGCUCAACGUCACCAGCACUCUGCAACGGAUGGGUCUCAAGGACUUGUUUAUUGAAAACAGAGCAGAUCUGAGAGGUCUCAAUGGUCUCUCCAACGAUCUCCAUCUUUCAGACAUGGUGCAAGUGAACACCUUUAGCACUUGCGGAGAUGAUACGAUAGGGGCCAGACAUCACAUAGAAACCUACCCCGUGUCUCCACAGAGGAUGGGACGGGAUGAUCCUGAACUCUAUCCAAGACCAGAGGACUUUGAGGACUCCGAUAUCUUGAAAGUGCCUCUUAACUUAAGACCCAGACAAGCCAGACUUCCAGACAACCCUCGACUGCGAUUUGACCGACCUUUCCUGUACAUGGUCAGACACAACCCGACCGGAAUGAUCCUGCACAUGGGGAGGUUCAACCCCAGACUCCUUCCUUGAACGUUGGAUUUCUUACCUAAGGACACAAUCAGUCGGUGACUAUGCACCAAUCAACUGACUUUUGUCAAGUGAAAGGACACUUAAGACAAAAUUUAUCCUUAUUACUGAUGUUCAGUAUUAUUUUAACCAUUGAUCAUUCAAUGACCAGUGCUUGAAAUAGGACAAAAGAAUUGCCAUGACAAACUAGAUAAUAUUAAAUGUGAGAUAUUUACAAAAGCUUUAGUUUGUAAAAACUACUAAAUAGUUUUAGGGUUAUGCGUUGUGAAUAGGCCUAUAAUGCUUUUUUAUAUUUUUAAAUUUUUCUUUGUUUUUGGUCUAUACUUUGUACAAUUUGUGUAUAAUAUGGUGUUCAGAGAAGGUUUCUUGUUUAGAUAUGGAUAUUUUCGUAAUUCCUCAUGUAAUUUGCAUCUAAAUUGAAAUCUUUUAAGUUCCUAUUUUAUAAUCGACUAUAAGUGAAAACACCAAUCAGCUCAUGAAGUGUUAAAAACUUUUUGGAAUAAUAAGUUACGCAUUUCCUAAUUUCUUAAUACUUUUAAAUUUUAAAUUAAUCUUUAUAAAGCAAUACAAAUUAGCCUAAGUAACAAAAUUGGAACCAUGUCAAAUACUUAAAAAUUUGUUGGCUUCGAUUUUUUUGUAUUUUAUAACAAACACUAUACUUGAAGUAUAUUUAACCACAACAUAAAAAUUGUUUAUUUCAAGUUUAGUCCUACAUAUAUACACUUUCCAACAAAUUAAAAUUGAUACUAAAGUAAAAUUAGGAACAAAAUAUCCACCAAAAUGUCAGUUUAACUUAUGUACCAUAUGUAAAGUGCUAUUUUUCUGAAUUUCAAAGAAAACAAUGCAUUUCAUAAUUAUGUAUUUCUAAUGAUCUCUAUUUCAUUGUAAUUGUUGGUUUAAAGUUAACUUACAUUAUUUAUGCAAUUUAACUUACAUGUAUGCACAGUGAUUAUAGUUUUUGGUGUACUCUGAAGAAUGGGUUACUUAUUGGGAAUCCUUUAAGAAAUGAAAACUGUCUCAUCUAUUCCUCUAUGCAAUCAAACCAAGCUACUUUCUUUGGAUGCUGCAUUACAAUAAUAUAAUAGUCUUUAUUGAGCUGUACAUUACGUAUUAAUAAUAGUAAUAUUUUAUACAUUAACAAUACCUGUGUAAUAAACAAUGUAUGUGAUAAACACUACCUUUUACAA